AUGAAUGCCCCUGGUAUGCCGCCAAUGGGCGGGUUAGGAGGAAACCAAACCGCCGGAAUGAGUGAACAAGAACAGGCCAUGGUCAAGAUGAUGCAAGCCGGUAUGGAGUCUUGCCCCGUGAAGACCGUCAUCUCAGGUACGAUGGGUUUCGGUCUUGGUGGUAUCUUCGGUCUUUUCAUGGCCAGUAUGUCCUAUGAUUCGACUCUUACCCCUCAAGGACAAGCGAUCGCAAACCUCCCCUGGCGCGAACAGGUCCGUCGCGGUUUCAAAGAUAUGGGCUCGCGCUCCUGGUCCUCCGCGAAGAAUUUCGGUAUCGUCGGUGCCCUGUACUCUGGUACCGAGUGCUGUAUCGAGGGUCUCCGGGCCAAGAACGACCUCACAAACAGUGUCACUGCUGGUUGUCUGACCGGCGGUAUCUUGGGUGCUAAGGCUGGGCCUGGGGCUGCCGCCUUUGGUUGUGCUGGUUUUGCGGCUUUCAGUGCUGCCAUUGAUGCCUACAUGAGGAUGCCCGAGGCUGACGACUAG